CGGGGCUGGGCGGCCCCCGCCCGCGCACAGCCCCGGUGCCUCGCCAUGGUGCUGCCGGGGGAGCAGGCCCGGCUCUACCGGCCGCGGCCCGAGCUGCUGCCCGCGGCCCACGUCCCCUCGCUGCCCCACUACCAGCGGCUGUACCAGCGCUCCGUGGAGGAGCCGCACGAAUUUUGGGGCGACAUCGCUAAAGAGUUCUACUGGAAGCGUCCGCACACGGGACCCUUCCUGAAGUACAACUUCGAUGUGACCAAGGGGAAGAUCUUCAUCGAGUGGAUGAAAGGAGCGACCACCAACAUCUGCUACAACCUCCUGGACAGAAAUGUCAAUGAGAAGAAGCUUGGGGACAAAGUUGCUUUUUACUGGGAAGGGAAUGAACCUGGGGAUUCCACGAAGAUCACCUACCACGAGCUGCUGCACAAAGUUUGCCAGUUUGCCAAUGUCCUCCGCAGCCAAGGGGUGAAGAAAGGAGACCGGGUUUCCAUCUACCUGCCAAUGAUCCUGGAGCUGGUCAUAGCCAUGCUUGCCUGUGCCAGGAUUGGAGCUCUGCACUCUGUUGUGUUUGCAGGUUUCUCUGCAGACUCCCUGUGCGAGCGGAUCCUUGACUGCGGUUGCUCUCUCCUCAUCACAGCAGAUGGCUUUUAUCGAGGGGACAAACUGGUCAACUUGAAGCAGAUUGCAGAUGAAGCCAUCCGGAAAUGUAUAGAGAAGGGAUCCUCUUUGAAAAAGUGCAUCGUGGUGAAGCACCUGGGCAGGGAAGAGGUGGCAGUGGACGGGACCUGCAGCAAGUCUCCUCCUCUGAAAAGGCUGUGCCAGGAAGUGCAGACCCCUUGGGACCCAGCCAUGGACACGUGGUGGCAUGAGCUGAUGCGUGGUGCCAGCACAGAGUGUGAGCCCGAGUGGUGCGACGCCGAGGACGAGCUCUUCAUCCUCUACACGAGCGGCUCCACUGGAAAACCCAAGGGUGUGCUGCACACCGUGGGUGGGUACAUGAUUUUUGCUGCCACCUCCUUUAAAUACGUGUUUGAUUACCAAGCUGAGGAUGUGUACUGGUGCACGGCCGACAUCGGGUGGAUCACGGGCCAUUCCUACCUCACCUAUGGCCCCCUGGCCAACGGGGCCACCAGCGUGUUGUUUGAAGGCGUCCCCACCUACCCAGAUGUUGGCAGAAUGUGGAGCAUCAUUGACAAGUACAAGGUGACCAAGUUCUACACAGCACCCACGGCCAUCCGGCUGCUGAUGAAGUACGGCGAGGAGCCUGUCAAAAAGCACAGCAGGAAGUCCCUGAAGGUGCUGGGGACCGUGGGUGAGCCCAUCAACCCCGAGGCCUGGCUGUGGUACUACCGUGUGGUGGGAGAGGAGAGGUGUCCCAUUGUGGACACCUUCUGGCAGACAGAGACGGGAGGCCACAUGCUGACACCCCUUCCUGCUGCCACCCCCAUGAAGCCAGGCUCUGCUACAUUCCCCUUUUUUGGUGUGGUCCCUGCCAUCCUGAGCGAGUCGGGGGAAGAGCUGGAAGGAGAAGCAGAAGGUUACCUGGUGUUCAAGCAGCCCUGGCCAGGGAUCAUGCGCACGCUCUACGGAAAGCACCAGCAGUUUGAAACCAUUUACUUCAAGAAGUUCCCUGGGUACUAUGUGACAGGCGAUGGUUGCAGAAGAGAUAAAGAUGGUUAUUACUGGAUCACAGGGAGAAUUGAUGACAUGUUGAAUGUUUCUGGCCACUUGCUGAGCACGGCGGAGGUGGAGUCAGCCCUGGUGGAGCACCCCGCGGUGGCCGAGGCUGCUGUGGUCAGCCACCCCCACUCCCUGAAGGGCGAGUGCCUCUACUGCUUUGUGACCCUGAGGGAGGGCCACGAGUUCACCAAGACCCUCGCAGAUGAGCUCAGAAAACAAGUCAGAGAAAAAAUCGGGCCCAUAGCAACACCUGAUUACAUCCAGUAUGCCCCCAGCCUGCCCAAAACCCGCUCAGGAAAGAUCACCAGACGGAUAUUGAGGAAGAUUGCCAAAAAUGACCACGAUCUGGGAGACAUCUCCACCUUGGCAGACCCGGGCAUCAUCACACACCUUUUCAACAACAGAUGUGACACUAAGCAGUAGCAGCAGGACCUGUCCCUGCUGAGCAGAACAGUGGCAGUGGCAUCUGAUGAGCAGGUCCCUCCAACAGCUGCUGCCUGCCCUGAAGGAAACCUUCACCUGUUGAAUUGAAUGUACCAAUCGUAGGAAUGAGGAGAGUCUGGCUCUGGAGAGGCCGUGUCCAUGCCCUGGAUGAGGUGUCUGUCGUGUUCCAGAUGGAUGUCACACAUCUGAGGGUCAGCCUGGUGCUCAGAGGGACUCAUCCUCCUCCCUUUUCAGCACCUCGUUCUUGAUUUUAAUUUAAUUGGGGGGGUGGGGGAGAGGGUGUUAAUUUACUUUGUGUCUGGAGGGGCCCUGGCACCUUGUGCACAGUGGGAAGGAGCUUUGGGGGUUGGAGGGGAAGUGAUGCUGGAGUUACUCAAUGCAGGCAGGCCUGGGAGGGGCAUCCACCACUGCCCACAGAGCAGCUGAGCUUCCUUUUGUGCUUGCAGUGCUGCAAGCUGCAGGAGCACUGCAGCAGCCACGUCAUCACUGCACAGCUGUGCUCACCCUGCAUCCACUGCUAGCACAGCCUCCAGGGGACUGGGGCAAGGCUGCAGGGAGCUCUGGGCUUUAAACAGGUUUUUUGGGGCAAGCUGAUACCAAGAUCUGCUGCUUCCUCACUGUGUUGUGCCAGCUGGUGCAUUGUCCCCAGUCCAGGGUCCUUCACUGGCCAUGGACACCGCAGGGAGCCAGGAAGGGAAAAGCCUUGGUGUGCCAUGUUCCAUGGAGCUCUGGCUCCUCCAGCCCUGCUGCACCAGCCGGCAGCUGAAGCAGAGCUGGAGCACAUGGAUGCUCCUUCUGUGUCCUGGGGGAGGAUUGGGAGCUGUUACACCAAAGGAUGGAGAGGAAAUGGAGCCAGGCAGAGGCACCUUUCUCAUGGCACCACGAGCACUGCUAGAGCAGAGAAACCAAGGCAGGCAGGGCUGGGGGAGUCCUACUCAAUUCCUCAUCAGGAAAAACUGGUGGGAGAUGUUUGAAGUCAGUUUGCUUAAAUCUGACAUGGCUUAAGGAUGAUGAGAGCUAAAGGCCCACAAACCUUUUCCCCAAGAGCCUUGACCACCACCAGGGUCCUGCCAAAGCCAUCCUUCCUCCAGUGAAGGACCUUUAACUCCAGCCCGGGCUGAGCUGGGGCUCAUACCUCCUUUGCAAUGUCUCUAUGAAACCUGCAUGUGAACUGUUUGAUUUUGCACUUAAACCAAAGGAGAACUGGGCUUUAAAACUUGCUGCAACAGCUGUUUUGGGGAGUGCCAGGGGCCAGGGAUUACCUGCAACCUGAGCUGACUUGGGGCUGGAAAGGAGGGGCAGCUGCCUCUGGGUCAGGGUGCUCAGGGCAGGUGUUGGGGUGCUCCGCUGGGCUGUUGGCCAAGUCCCAAAUCUCACUUGUUAGCUGCUGCUCUCACUGGCACAGCACCUGUGUCACCUGUAACCUUGGUGCCUGCCUGUGUCCCAUGUGCCCCCACAGCUCUGUACCACUGGAUUGUGCCACCUUGGUGACAAGGAUUCCUACAUCGUCGUUCCUCCUGUUACUCUUUGUCAGCUAUGUCAUUUUGGCUGUAAAACAGCGAGAAUUUAAUGCAAAAUGGAAUAAAAUUCAAGAAAACAAAAUGGAAA